GUCACCUUAUUGUUAUCUUCAAAGACCAACCCCAACAUAUAAAAAAGAACUUGCUUCACGAGUAAAUAAAAAUCGAGAUGUUUAAGCUCAAACUUUCCAAAUUGUUAAUUGUAGUCAUAGCUGCUUGUCAGCUUUUCCGAUCAGCUUCAUGUAAUCAAUUUCAUCAAAAUUUUAAAAGUCAAAAUUUAAGACGAAGAGAGGUUCCAUUCGGGAAUCCAAACUCCAACUACGCGAAUCGUAACGCGAAUGAUGGAUACGGCCCUAGUACUGGACGUGGGAACAAAGUAAAUAAUGUGCCUGGACAAGCUGGCGGUGCUAAAUAUCCAGGCUCAAGUGGACCAGUUCCAAGUGGCGGAAAUGCGGUAAACGCGCCGAAUCUCGGCGGAAUUUUACCAGGUAGUGCCCCUGGAGUUGCCAAUGGUGGCAUCGGGGGGUCACUUCCUGGAGUCACUAAUUCUGGAGGGAUCAGCACUGGAUUACCAUCGUCUGGCCUUCCGACCGGUGGGAAUGGAGUGAACGCCCCGAGUGUCGGCGGCAAUCCCAGGUAUUUGUCCAUUUCUGAACGAUUGGUUGGGAAUGUUAAAGCUCAUCUUCUAUACCCUCUCAGUGCUACCAGCGCGCCAGGAAAACUUCCAGUCGGAGUAAACGGUGGUGGCCUUGGAAACAACGCCCCGGGUGGCAUCCCUGGCGCACCUCUUGGCAGUCCUGUUGUGAACAGUCCUGGUGGUACCAAGGGCACCAGCCUCGGUGGUGUUCUGGGAACCACUCCUGGAGGAUCCCUGGGUGUUCCAGGCUCCUCUCCCGGCGGCGCGAAAGUCACAAUCCCCGGCGGCGUUUCGGGAACCACUACCGGCACAACGACUCCAGGUACUACUAUCAGCGCCCCGGGUGUCGGCGGGAAUCCCAGUGCCGCCGGCGCACCAGGAAACCUUCCGGUGGGAUUAAACGGUGGUGGCCUUGGAAACAACGCUCCGGGUAUUAUCCCUGGUGCACCUCUUGGCAGCUCUGUUUUGAACAGUCCUGGUGGUGUUCAGGGGACCAUUCCCGGUGGUGUUCCGGGAACCACUCCUGAUGGAUCUGUGGGUGUUCCUGGCUCCUCUCCCGGAGGUACGAAAGUCCCAAUCCCCGGCGAUGUUUCGGGAAUCACUACCGGUACUGCGACUCCAGGUAUUACUCUUGGGGGUCUUUCGGGGUCUCCUUCGAACACAGGAAACAAUCCCAGCAUUCCUCUGGGAAGCACUCCUGGCGGCUCUCUAGGAAAGAAUCCUGGAAGUAUCUCGGGAAUCGCUGCUGGUAGCGUUCCAGGAAGCGGUCUUGGUAGUGCUCCGAUAACUCCUCCCGGCGUCGUCGUCGGAAAUGUUCCAGGUGGCAGUCCGGGAAGGAUUCCAGGGAGCGGUGUUGCUGGAUCUCCCGUAGUUCCAGGUGGCUCUCCUAUCAACAACGUCGGAGUCAUCUCUGGAAACAAUCCUGGAAGUUCUGCUGGAGGUUUACUCACCAACUCGACCGGAAAGAUUACAGUCAUCAGUUCAGCUGCCGUGAGUCAGAAUGCCCCAGGAACAGCUGGCGCGACCAACGGAGCUACACCCCCGGGAACCAUCAAUUCCGGGGUGGGAAACUUAGGUACCUCGCCUGUGACACCUAUUUUGGGGUCGACACCUCAAGGUGCUAGCUUCAAUUCCACGGCUGCAGGUCUUCCCUUCAAUCAAGGAAAUUUGAGCAAGCCUAAGUGA